GUCGGUGCCCUGGACCAAGUCACUGCAAGCAGGUUCUAGCCGGUGUAGGAGCUGCUACUAUGUUGCGGAGCGGAUGCUGGCGGCUGAGAGAAUGGCUGUACCGCUCGCGGGGCGCUCUGCGGGCCCCAGCCAAGAGCGGCCGCCGGAGCUUGGUCUCCUGCAUAGAUCCUUCCUUGGGACUGAAUGAAGAGCAGAAAGAAUUUCAGAAAGUGGCCUUUGACUUUGCCACCCGGGAGAUGGCUCCAAAUAUGGCAGAGUGGGACCAGAAGGAGUUGUUCCCAGUGGACGCAAUGCGCAAAGCUGCUCAGCUCGGCUUUGGGGGAGUGUACAUACGAACAGAUGUGGGUGGGUCUGGACUGUCACGGCUCGAUACAUCUGUCAUCUUUGAGGCCCUGUCUACAGGCUGCACCAGCACCACAGCCUAUAUUAGCAUCCACAACAUGUGCGUCUGGAUCAUUGAUACCUUUGGAAAUGAGGAACAGAGGCAUAAAUUUUGCCCACCGCUCUGUACCAUGGAGAAGUUUGCUUCCUACUGCCUCACUGAACCAGGAAGUGGCAGUGAUGCUGCCUCCCUUUUGACCUCAGCAAAACGACAAGGAGAUCAUUACAUCCUCAAUGGCUCCAAGGCCUUCGUCAGUGGUGGAGGUGAAUCAGACAUCUAUGUGGUCAUGUGCCGAACAGGAGAACCAGGCCCCAAAGGCAUCUCGUGUAUAAUUGUGGAGAAGGGGACCCCUGGCCUCAGCUUUGGCAAGAAGGAAAAAAAGGUGGGGUGGAAUUCACAGCCAACCCGUGCCAUGAUUUUUGAAGAUUGUACAGUGCCCGUGGCCAACAGAAUUGGAAACGAGGGACAGGGCUUCAUCAUUGCCAUGAAAGGACUGAAUGGAGGGAGGAUCAAUGUUGCUUCCUGCUCCCUAGGAGCUGCUCAUGCUUCAGUUGUCCUCACCCGAGACUACCUCAGUGUUCGGAAGCAGUUCGGAGAGUCUCUGGCCAGUAACCAGUACCUGCAAUUCAAACUGGCUGAUAUGGCGACGAGGCUGGUGGCCUCACGGCUGAUGAUCCGCAACGCAGCAGUGGCUCUGCAGGAGGAGCGGGAAGAUGCAGUGGUCCUGUGCUCCAUGGCCAAGCUCUUCGCUACAGAUGAAUGCUUUGCUAUCUGCAACCAGGCUUUACAGAUGCAUGGAGGCUAUGGCUACCUGAAGGACUACGCUGUUCAGCAGUACGUGCGGGACUCCAGAGUCCAUCAAAUCCUAGAAGGUAGCAAUGAAGUGAUGAGAAUGCUGAUCUCUCGAAGCCUGUUUCAGAAGUAGCACCCAGACUUGAUGUUCGGGCGUGAUGGUCAACGUGUAACUCCAAUCAGAGGUUUCAUGUGGACUGUUGUGUUGCAGAUGAGUCAUAAAUUACAUUGAAGGGCUGAGCUCUUCCAGGUGGGCCCAAAGUGUUGGGAGCAGCAUCAGCUAUGAGACUGGGACAGAGUCCUCAGCAGAACUGGAGGAGCUGCCCUGGUUGAGAAUGUCACAAGAAGACACACUACCUUGUUUUCCUAAUGCAAAAAGGUGACCAGCGAAGACAACACCAAGUCAGAGUCCUUUCUUGGACCCACAUCUUGAUUUGUCUGCAUUUUGAUGGUUCACUGAAUCCCUCUCCGAGGGAUCUGAAUACUUCCGUUGAGGGUUUUUCCUGAUGAUAAAGCAAAGGUGUGGGAAAGGAGAAAUGGAGAAAAAAUGUCCUCCUAUCUUUUCUUGUGAUCUGCUAAAGAUGCAGAAGGUUUCUGUGCGUUGCAUUUCCUUUGUAGUACUCCUGUGAAUGUAAAUCAUGAUAGAAUGAGCAUUUGGGAAACCUUACUUCUCGGUGUGAUUUAGGGUAUCUCUGCACUUGUUCACUUUCCGAAUAUCAAGGGCUGAAGUUAUUUGGAACUCUGAAUAUUUGUUGUUUUCUUUUUUACAAGUGUGUGGUCUAACAAUGUUAUUCAAGUUUCUGUAACCCUUCCUGAUAAGUACUUUGAGCAUAUUUUCUUUCUAUCCGAGUGCAAGGAAAUGAUAAGCGUAUAGAAGAGAAUGAUCUGGCAAAAGUGAUAAAGUAGGAAGGGAUUCAGAAAGAAGGUAAAGUUAAAAUUAAACUUUUAUGAAAACGUAUAAUAUGUAAAGAGAACCAAGAAAGUCAGACAGGAAAGGAACCUUUCCUAUCAGACAGGAAGGAACCAGGAGCAGAAAAAGUGCAGAAUUUGUGUGGGAUCUGUUUGCAACUUUGUUUUGUUGUGCUUUGGGCUUGACAUGGGAUGGAAAGAAGAUGUAAAUUGAAUCUGGAUGGAGAGUUAUGAAAA